CACGUGAGCUCAUUUACUGACGGUACGUGUUUGAUAGCCCACGUCCCUCUGACUUCAGCAAGCAAUUACAUAUAACUGGAUUGGCAGGUGAGCCUAAACUCCCUACGAGGGUUUGCUAUACCUCUCAGAUUUUCCUGCAUGGAUUUUUUGUGACAAAAAAAACACUUGUUCCCCACAUCGUUCCAACCAGCAGAUGGCAGAAGGAAUCAGGUUUCUAUGUUGUGACCUUGCCCUUUUGCUUGAGGGUCGAUCAGCCACCCACUGCUACUUCCCUUCAAACAAAAACCACACAGACGCAUGCCUGAGGAGGCACACCACAACUUUCUGUGUCACACGCUGGCUGGACUGAAUACCAGUUAAUGAAAGAGGGAGCUUGAGUUGGGAGGAAAUCAUCCGUUUAAGGCAGUAAACAGUGUAUCAGAUGGGUGGGGGGGCCACCAGGCUGUACGGCACCUUGACUCAGACCCUUGACAGCAGCAGCUCUCCGCGCUCCCUCCCUCCGUCCUACCUGGACCCCCGCCAACCUGCAGUCUCAAACCUGGAUCCAGACUUAUGUCAGCAGCAGCAGAAGGGCUCCUCUGUAUAUCCUCCUGAUUCAGUGGAGCUGCUUCGACAGUGUGAGGAGGCCCUCAGGGACCAACCACCUCGGCUCCACAGGAAGUUUGUUCUCCUUAAUGAUGGAGACAGCGCCCCCAGCAGCCCCAUCAGGGUGAUGCAGUGGAACAUAUUAGCCCAAGCACUGGGCGAAGGGGUUGACAAUUUUGUCCAGUGUCCUCGGGAGGCCCUCAGCUGGUCACGAAGAAAGCACCUCAUUAUAGAGGAGAUCCUCACCUACCGACCUCACAUCCUCUGCCUACAGGAAGUCGAUCACUACCAUGACACCUUCCAGCCAGUAAUGGCGGGCCUGGGCUACAAUGGUCACUUCUGCCCGAAGCCCUGGUCUCCGUGCCUGGAUGUGGAGGGUAACAACGGUCCCGACGGCUGCGCGCUUUUCUUUGACCAGUCACAAUUUGAGCUCCUGGACAGCGUGAACGUACGACUCUCUGCCAUGAUGAUUCCAACUAAUCAAGUUGCCGUAGUGACAACUCUGCGUUGUCGCAGCACUGGAAGAUUCGUGUGUGUGGCCGUGACCCACCUGAAAGCUCGGUCUGGCUGGGAGUGGCUUCGUAGCGCUCAGGGAUCAGACCUUCUAUGGCAUCUUCAAAAUUUGGUACAAAAACUCGCCGACGGGUCUGCAGGAGACGCCGGCGGCAACAUAUCUCUGCUCAUUUGUGGUGAUUUUAACGCGGUCCCAUCUGAGGAAGUGUACCGACGGUUCACAGCAUCUCCUCUUGGUUUGGACUCUGCCUGUAAGAAACUCAGCCAAGACGGUUUGGCUGAGCCAGAGUACACGACGUGGAAGAUUCGGGCCACGGGAGAAUGUUGUUCCACUCUGGACUACAUCUGGUACACAAAAAACACGCUGAAAGUGGUCGCUGUGUUGGACAUGCCUACCGAGGAGCAGAUUGGACCAAACAGGCUUCCAUCUUUUAUUUAUCCAUCUGAUCAUCUCUCUCUGGUUUGUGACUUCAGCUUUAAGGAGAAAGAAUAAGAAUCGUAUACGAGAUGCUGUGGAGUUGAGGUUUGCUCCUGGUCGGUUUCAGUCCAGAAGGGAAGCAAUGUGUGAGUGAAAUGAAGAUGAAGACAGGAGGUCAUGAAAACAGAGCGUGGAGUUUAGCAAACUGAUCAGUCUGCUGAAGUUGUAGAUACACACAGCAAUGGCCCCGAACUAACUUUGACCUUCACCUGUACUCAAAAUGCAUGUGUACUUCCAUUUUAACUAAGUAACCCUAAAAUCCGACUGUAGCACAAGUUACACUGCAAACUGUCAAAGACAGUAGUUGAAAAUUUUUUUGCCCACCCUCCCGAGUAAAUAUACUUUGUUUAUAUAUAUAUAUAUAUAUAUAUAGUAAUUUUAGUUUUCUAUUUACUUGACCACAAGGGGAGUAAAAGGGUUAAUUUGAGGUUCCUGCUAAGAGAUGUACAUUUUGUUCUUUUUGUGGUUUUCUGUUGUUUGGAAAAGAAAAUUGCAGUAAAAUUAUUCAACUUCUCACAAGAAAAUCCAUUUUUAUACCAUUUAAA